ACGUAACACUCGGACAAAACGACUGUAUGUGGAGGAGCGCGAGUCACUACGUUCUCUUGUACUGUGAACUAUAAGAAUGCUUUGACAUUUAUUUAUUGUUUUUGUCAAAUUAGUGGCGUAUCUGUGAAUGUCACUCGCAAGCAUGUCGUUGCGAAGACUAGACCAAGAAUAUGCUUUGGAGGAAAGGGGACGGUUUUUUAUAUCAUCGGAAACAGAAGGCGACUGGGACGAGGAUAGCCAUGUCGAUCACCGUCAGCUUGUUUUAUUCAAAGCCGAUGCUUUAGCGUCGGAAAAUCGUCUUAAAGAGGCUGUCGAUAUGUUUGCCAUGGCUCUCCGAUAUGGCCCUGUCCGGCCAGACCAGCUGAGCAGUUUAGUCGGAUGCGUUCUGCGUAACUUCAAGAAGAAAUCAGAAGAGUCGACUGCAAAAAGUGAGCCGAACUGGACACAAGAUUGUGAAUUUGACUGCCCUGGUUGUCAUAGUUUCAUAGCCGAUCCCGUGACGGUGACAUGUGGACAUACGUAUUGUAGAAGAUGUUUACAACAUAGCGCUUUUUCUAAAUGUAAACUGUGCAGUGAAGACAUUAGGACGAGGCCUGGGGAACCCCGACUGAAUGUGAUCUUAUGUGGACUUUUAGAGAAGUGGUUCCCAGAAGACGUCAAAAGAACUAAAUAUAUAGAGGAAGCUGAAACCCUAUUGAAGAGUAAACAGUACGAGAACGCUAUUGCACUAACGAGUCAGUUAUUAGAAUCUGACUCUAGUAAUGUGUGGGUGCAGGUGUGCCAUGCCGAGGCUCACAGAGGACUGAAGCAGUACCGUCAGGCUUUGGAAAACUGGGAGUCCUGCCUGAUUGCUGCCCCAUACCCAGAGGGGUAUUUCCGGAAAGCAAAAAUUCUCCAAGAGAUGGGUCAUGUGGAUGAAUCCCUGCAAGUCUUCCUUCAGUGUUUGGCAUUGGAUGAAAACUUCCAUCAGGCAAAACAAGAGGUGGAAAUGAUCUUGCAUGACCUGUUGGCUCCAGCCUGUGAUAAUGUCAAGGUUGGAUUGAGAGAGACAACCCACAGCACUUCCUUUCACCUGCGCAGUAAAACCCUGGUGUCUGAUGGCCAGAAUCCAGACCAGCAGACCCAGUUGCAAGCCCAGCACCAGUCGGUGCUCAACACUCAGGCAGCAUCUGCCCACCUUCCCUCUAAAUCCUCAGAGAAACCAGGUCGAUCCGAAAGUCUGGAGCGCUCCGGCCUGAGCAGAGCUCACUCCCUUCGUGCUCACGGGAUAGGGGGAACUGUAGAGGAGGGGCUUAAAAGAGUUAGCUCCGCCCCCCAGUUGGGUGACCCAGAAAAAGGCGCGCUGCUAAAGAGGAAGCUGUCUGUGUCUGAAGCAGGGCCUGGCGUGGCUUACAGCCAUGGCAGUAAAUAUAAAAAGCAAGUAGUGACUGCCAGUGCAGCUACUCCUGUGGUUACUGAGGAAACCAAGUCCUAUCAAACGCUGCCAAAAGACCUGCUGGACCCAAAUGAUUUUGAGUGCUCUCUCUGUAUGAGAUUAUUUUAUCAACCCGUCACGACACCCUGUGGUCACACAUUCUGCAAAAACUGUCUGGAGCGCUGCCUAGACCACAAUCCCCAGUGCCCUCUCUGCAAAGAAAGCCUGAAAGAGUAUCUUGCCUUUAGAAAGUACACAGUCACACAAGUGCUGGAUAACAUCAUUAAGCAGUAUCUAUCCAAGGAACAUUCAGAGAGACUGAAACUGCAUGCGGAGGAAACAAAAGAGCUCUCAGAUUUAACAAAGAAUGUGCCCAUCUUUGUUUGUACCAUGGCCUACCCGACUGUGCCUUGCCCCCUUCAUGUGUUUGAGCCACGAUACCGUCUCAUGAUCCGACGCUGCAUGGAAACCGGGACACGUCAGUUUGGCAUGUGCAUCAGCGACCCACAGAAAGGGUUUGUGGACUUCGGCUGCAUGCUUCAAAUCCGCAGCGUACAUUUCCUCCCAGACGGGCGCUCUGUUGUGGAUACAAUCGGAGGAAAGAGGUUUCGCGUCCUUUCACGCGGAAUGAGAGAUGGAUACUGUAUUGCCAACAUCAAGUAUCUGGAAGAUAUGAAAGUAAAUGAUGAGGAAGAAUUGGAAAAGCUACAGGUGUUACAUGAUCAGGUGUACGACCAGGCCCGUAAAUGGUUCCAGAACCUGGAGAACCGCUUUCGGAACCAGAUCCUGCAGCAUUUUGGGCCAAUGCCUGAGAGAGAGGCUGAUAUCCAGGCCACACCUAAUGGUCCAGCGUGCUGUUGGUGGCUGCUAGCUGUUCUUCCUGUUGAUCCACGUUACCAGCUGUCUGUCCUCUCCAUGACAACACUAAAAGAACGACUAAUCAAGAUCCAACACAUCCUCACCUACCUGCAGAACCUCCCCAGAGACUAGAGCUUCCACACAAACACACAGAGAACUCCCUGUCCCUCUGCUGGCCAACAUGCAAACACUCUAUGGUGCUGACUGACGAAGAACUAAUGAGAUUCCAAGGAGAAUCCACUGAAAACCGAGCACAGAUUUCCAUCUGUGGGGUUAGAUGUAAUUCAUGCAGAGUUAUAAGAACAAAAUGUUUUUUGUUGUUUCAUACCGAUCUGUUCAUCACCAUCAGUUUUCACGACAUCCCUUCCUGUAGUAUUUAUUGUUCAGCAGCCUGUCCGAUUUCAUUUAGGAGAAACAAUCUACUUAAAAUUCUGUUUCCGUCAGAUGCCCGUAGCCUCCAUACAGAGCUUUGAGGGCAGAAAUGUUGCUGGAGAGCAUUCCAACAUUUUCAACAUGAUCAUGCUGUGUGUUGAAGUGGACAGGGAGCAUCUGCAAAAAGGUGAAUUUUCGGGCACCAAGAUAGAAGGCCAUUUUGAAUCACUUAAAACUCUGGAGAAACAAAAGCAGAAAUAUUGCUUCUGAGCAUCCAGCUGAGCUUUCUGUCUUGACCUGUUAAGCACGCACAAGAGGUUGUUGUCGCACAACAGCGGAGUUGCCUAAGACAGAGAAAACUCUGAAAAUGCACUUGUAUUCAUUUGUGUUACUUUUGCAGUACUGAGCGUUAAUGAAGCUUGCACGGUCCCGUCCUGUCUCAAACUUUCAGCUCAUAGAUGGGCACGAUACUGUUUAGCAUAGGUUUAUUUCAUGCUGAGGAAAUAAUAGGACUUCCAAAUAUCUCCGUAGUUUAGUUUCAGACGUAUCAUUAAUUUUUACUGUGAGUUUGCUUUCAAAACAGCAAAAACAACACGUCACCAUAUUGCAAGAGUCUCUCUUGGGUACAAGCUGCACUCUGUCAAAUUCUUUAAAGAUCAUUUUUGAGAAUGAGAUUGAGAUAUUGAUGUAUUUUAUUUCAAAUCGCAAAGGGAAACUUGCAAUAUUUUGACUGAUGAAAAACUAAACUAAUCGUUAGCUGCAACCAGCACCAUACUGAAAGGAGACCCAGCAAGCAUUCUGCAUAUUGACAGUCAUGAAUGCUAACUCACUAGCUCAUACCUGUGUGGUGCUUGUUGUGUGCAGACUAAACUAACUUUUGCCUUAUAAUACCUUGUUGCAUUCUGCUACUAUGGUAUAAUGCAUCGGCUUGGGUUUUUGCACUCUUGUUGCCAGAGAAAUAAUUCUGUGGUUUAAUUUACUUCAUUCGCCUCUUGGCCAAAAUCCUUUCAGUGUAUAGAAUAUGUCAAAUAAUGGCUGUUGUAUGUAAAUCAUUUUGUUUUGAAUUUUUUUUUUUUUUUUUUACAGCUAUGCUCAAAUAUUUAAGUUGUCAAUUUUCAAAUAAAAUGCACAUUUUUUUCAUUGUA